AUGUCUUCUUCCGGCGACGCGACAGUUCCAGCGACGCGCAGACUGCGCAAGUCUAUUGGCGGCCAAAUAUCGUCAGUCAAGCCUACAGAGAAAGAGAACGUGACACUUGAUCUUGGAAGCAGUUCUCUUGCUGCCAACCGGAAAAAGUCGCGAAGCAAGAGCAUUGGGCCUGGCGGCCUGGACGUUCUGAAGAACGCCAACGGUAAUCGAAGAGCCUCUCUUGCAGCCCCCUCACGACCGCCUCCCCGAUCGAUUCUCAAACCAGCAAUCGCGCCACUUCCUGAAAUCCCGCCCCUUAAGAGGCAAGGCUCAGGCCCUUCAAAGAUUGACACGCCACCGAGCGUGCACGUUAGCCAGCAAGAUGCAUCCUCCGGCGCCAAAGUUGCGCUGCGAACAGAGGAAGAGCAACAGGCAAAGGCGCGACAGCGCGAAGAACGGGACCGAAGGGAAGCGCGCCGAAAGUCAUUGGCGAAUCGUAGAGUGUCCUUUGCAGCCGAAGCAACACUGCACACAUUUCACGAAAUCGACUUCAUGCAAGAGGCAUCCAGGGAUUCAUCGCGGCGCGCAUCCUCAAAACCUAGCACCAACGACAAAGCUUCGAGCCGAUCCAGAACGUCACAAGAGCAGGUUGACGGUUUGGUGCCAGAAUCACCAGAAGACCAAAGGGACGCCCAUCAGAGAAAACGAAGAAGAAGCUCUGCCCUCCCAGCCGCGAACUAUGGCGACAACGAUGAUCCUACGAUGGCAUCGUCAAUAUACAGCUCCGACUCGGAGCCUGCCGAUGCUGUGGAAGAAAUUCAAGAUGACGAACAAGAGGAGGACUCCAACUCUGAUGAUGACUCCGACGUGGACGACGGCACGAUGAUGACGGUCGAGGACCACGAGGUCACUGGCGCAUCGGUCAUGUCUGCCAUGUCUGGUCGCUCAGGGUCGUCGACUGGCGACAGUGACACACUGGAAGAAGCACUUCGUAUGGCAGCGCGCACGGCCGGCACCCAGAAACUGGGCCUCGACGACUCUGAGGGCGAAGAAGAAGUCAUCCCAUCAUUUGGUUGGAUCAAGAAGAACUCCGACAAGAGUGAUGCUCCUCAAGCUGGAAAGCACGCAGGCCACGAGCCGCCAUCGCCCCCGGCUGACGAUGUUGACGAAGACGAUGGCGCUAUGGAGAUGGACAUGGAAAUGACCCAAGCUGUGGGCGGCAUCCUUCCCUCACCAGAUGACGAACAAGACGACGGAGAGCUCGACAUGUCCAUGGAUGUAACUCGCGCCAUUGGCGGCAUUUUAUCGCAACCUAGGGACAAAACUGCCAAUCCACACGAGCAUGGGGAAGAAGGCGAGGAAACAAUGCAAAUGGACGAGACCAUGGAAGUUACCAAAGCUCUCGGAGGUAUUCUGAGGAGUGUGCCAGAUCUCGAACCAGACGAGAAUGAAGACAUGUCAAUGGAAAUCACAACAGCCAUCGGCGGCCUGAUUCCGGCACGCAACACCAACCAGGCCACUGCCACUCGGCGUAGAACCAUGACUUCGGCCAACAGCAAGAACCCGGAUGACGACACCAUGGACAUGGAUAUGACCGUUGGUGUUGGUCGGAUCUUGCCAUCUGUGGCUGGGGCCCAAGGCCAGGACGACGGAAAUGCUACAGUCGGCAUGGAUAUGACCAUUGGUGUUGGGCGUAUCUUGCCAGCUGCCAGCAACGACGAAGACAACGUGGAACAAGACCAAACUAUGGGCAUGGACAUGACUGUCGCCAUGGGCAGUAUUCUCAAGGGUCCUCAUGUGCCAGAGUCCCGCAGUGAGGCUAAGAAGUUCAUGGAAGAGGAGGUCGACAAGCCAGAUUCGCCUUCAAAAGCCGGAUCAAUAGGUGUUCCCCCAAAAUCGCCAGCACAACGGCUUGCCGCUUCAACCAAGCCAACAAUAAUGGACAGCAACGCCGCAAUCCUCUCCUUUGAGAACCACUCCAAGCCCGCAGAAGUCGACCGCGCAGUCGCGAGCGAGAGCGAGGUCAAAAUCGGCGUCGCCGACAAAAGCCACGCCGUCUCCAUCAAGCCGGCGACCCCUUCGCCUGUGAAAUCGGCCAAAAAGAACCUAGACGUUUUCCAGCAAGACCCCAGCACGGGAGCUAGGACGCCGUUGGUUGUUUUGACGCCACAGACGCGCCGUCUGUCCGGCGUGGGUGCUGACAGAGCUGGCUUGGGAUCACCCAAGGUGGCUGCCAUUUUCGACCGUCGGGAGUCGUUGAGUGAUGCUACUCAGGCAUUUGUGCCUGGCCAGAACCGUGGUGUUUCCUUCGCAAAUCCCCGCGUCAUGGAAUUCGAAGUCGACAACGACCGCGAGGAGGAAGAGGAGAAGGAGAACCAACGUAAGAUUCUUGAGCGCGAGGUUGACGGUCAAGACGACAGGGAGGCUACGCUCAACCUGAAAGAAAUGAUCCAAAGCAUGAGCCCAAUGAGGAAGCCCUUGAAGGGCCGUAAGAGUCUUCAUGUCGGCAGCGCAAAAGGUCUUCUCGGCAAGCGACCAUUUGAGUUAUCAGAUGACGAAGAAGCUGAAGCAGAUGAUGGUGUCAAAAGACUUAAGAAUCACCAGGGGAGCCCGGUCAAGAACGUUAGGCUUCAACAGCCCCCCAGCAAAGCCGAGACAACUGGCCGACGAUCGCUACGAUCGUCUCAGAAGAGCCUUGAAGAUUCAACACAGGAACAUCAAACACCCACUCUGACGGCGCUGUCCUCGAGGAAUGGUGGCAAUGCCACGACCCCGAGAGGACAGACCCGGUUCAAAGACAUCGAAGAUGACACGGCGACCCAUCUGAUGGACUUUGAACGAUCGCCCGUCAAAGAUGAGUCGUCUUUGCAGACUGACCAGGGCGAAGAUCGCAUCCACCUCCAGGAAUUUCUCAACAUGACAUCGAUUCGCUUCAUGGAAUUGACGACAACGAAGCGGCGCCACACCCAGGCGCCCGAGGCCUUCAAGGAUGGGCUGAUUGACGACGAGGGCAACUUUCCUCUGGAGCGAUGCGUCGUCGCCGGUGCCUGCACAGUUCCGAUGCUGGAGCUUUACCAGCAUUCCUGCCGUGAACUCAAGAAAUACAUUUCCGAAGGACGGAGGAUUGUUCGCGAGAUUGAAACAGAGACUUUUGAAGACAACCCGCCACUGUUCCGAGAGUACAUGUCUGCGACACCAGAGAUCAAGAAUGUGCUUGACAACCAAUUCAAGAAUGGCAAGUCGCAUGCCCGACUUGAGAGCAAGGCGAUGUGGUAUGCCUGGCGUACGGCGCUCCAGGAGGGUCUCAAGGAGGGCCUCAUCAGAAUAGCAGAAGGCAUGGAUGCCGACGACCAGGUGCUUGAGCAGCAACAGAAGCUCCUGUCUUCCAUUCUUCCGAGCCUCAUCUCUCGAUUUGAGGUGCUCAACGAAGAGCGAAUAAACCUCGAAGCUGUGGCACAGGAACUGGCCGACUGCGACCCAUCCGAGCUCGAGGCUGUUCGAUCCGAGCUCGCGGAUGUCGAUAGUGACAUGGAGAAGAAGACUAAGCAGAUUGUGCAACUCCGAGCGCAGCUUGAGGAAUCAGAAGCAACUGUGGAGCAGCUCACUGCUCGCAAGCGGGCAUGGCAAGAGGAGAUUGAGGAGGCCGAGAAGAUUCGCGAGGAAUGUCGCGGCUGGUCGACCAGUGAGAUCUCUACACUCAAGGCUCGAGUUGAUGCCAUUGAAAAGCAGCACGGCUGGGCCAUCUCCGGCAUUGCCGACUCGACUGUCUCCAUGACGUACCGACGAAGCAUCGAACUUGUCUUUAACAUAUCUGCCUUCGGCAGCACCCAAGGCAAGAACUCGCAAAUCGAUCUUUGGUACAUCGCGACCAACGGCGACGGUAGCCCGCGAACCUCUUCGGUGGAACAGGAAUUCUUCGUGCAGUGCAUCCGCGACCAUGUGCGGGGUCUCCCGCAGAGCCGCACUAAGAUUGUCGACUUGCUUCAUGUGAUCCGUGCGGCAUGGGACAGAGCCGUCUCCACCUGCGACGACAUCCGCCGCGUCAACAUGACCUUUCCCACGUCCGUCACGCGCACCUCUGAUUCUUCCAUCUCCGUGUGCUCGUCGCUUCUGCUGACGGCCAUUGAGACGAGAGUCGAGAUUGUGCUUGGUCUGCGCGGUGUGAGCACCUCUGAUGGACUCGACUUUGUCAUCCAGCCUGACGCAAGAGUCGUAUAUGGAGAGACAUUCAACACAGGCAAGAUGGGAGAAUUCCUUACCACGCACCUGGGUGAAAAGGUUGUUGACAGGCUGGCCGACUCCCCUUCGUGGAGCGAUGUGGUCGUUGAUCUUCAUGAGCGGCUGAUUGCCAGGGGCAGGAAGUAG